CGGGGGGGGGGUAAGGGCGCGCGUUCCGUGAGGGGAGGUCUCUCGCUCGCUCAGCUCGGCCGCGGAGGCUGCGGGGAGCCCGCCACGAGAGGCCGAGGCCCAGGAGGAGGAGAAGGAAGAGCGCCUGAGCGAGCGGGCCGGGCCUUCCCAGGCCUCGCCCGGGGCCGGUCACGGUGGCCGAGCCGGAGGAGGCCGGGCCCCGCCCCGCCCCCAUCCCCCCACCGGUGGCGGCGGCGGGGGCCCAACCCUCGCGGGGCUCCUCGCCCUUGUCGGCCGCCUCCGCCGCGGGGCCCAUGGAGGGCCUGCCCGUGGAAGUGCGGGGCUCCAACGGGGCCUUCUACAAGGGUUUUGUGAAAGAUGUACACGAAGAUUCGGUCACAAUCUCCUUUGAGAACAACUGGCAGCCAGAACGUCAAAUCCCCUUUGGUGACGUGCGGCUGCCCCCACCCACAGAUUACAGUAAAGAGAUCUCGGAAGGGGACGAGGUGGAGGUUUAUUCCCGCGCGAACGAGCACGAGCCCUGCGGCUGGUGGCUGGCCAGAGUCCGGAUGAUGAAAGGGGAUUUUUACGUCAUAGAAUACGCGGCUUGCGAUGCCAUCUACAACGAAAUCGUCACCCUGGAGCGAUUGCGGCCCGUCAACCCCAGCAAAGUGGCCACCAAGUGCAGCUUCUUCAAGUGCACAAUUGCAGUCCCAGAAGACCUCAAGGAGGCCUGCACCAAUGAAAAUGUGCACAAGGAAUUCAAGAAGGCGGUGGGGGCAGAUUCCAUCUUCCUCAGUCCCACCAGCAGCGAACUCAUCAUCCUGUCCACGAACGAGUCCACCGUCAAGAGGGCGGCUCUGCUGGGCGACAUGCACCUGCGCAGCAUCCGAACAAAACUCAUGCUGAUGUCGCGCAACGAGGAGGCCAACAAACACUUGGAGACGAGCAAGCAGCUGGCCUCGGCCUUCCAGGAGGAGUUCACGGUGCGCGAGGACCUGAUGGGCCUGGCCAUCGGCACCCACGGCGCCAACAUCCAGCAGGCCCGUAAAGUGGUGGGCGUCACCGCCAUCGAGUUGGACGAGGAGACCUGCACCUUCCGCAUCUACGGGGAGACCCCCGAAGCCUGCAAGCAGGCCAGGAGCUUCCUGGAAUUCUCAGAGGAUUCGGUCCAGGUGCCCCGGAAUCUGGUCGGAAAGGUGAUAGGCAAGAAUGGGAAGGUCAUCCAGGAGAUUGUGGACAAAUCCGGCGUGGUCCGAGUGCGGGUGGAAGGGGACAACGACAAGAAGAACCCUCGGGAGGAGGGCAUGGUGCCCUUCAUCUUUGUGGGGACGCGAGAGAACAUCAGCAACGCCCAGGCCCUGCUGGAAUACCACCUCUCCUACCUCCAGGAAGUGGAGCAGCUGCGCCUGGAGAGACUGCAGAUCGACGAGCAGCUGCGCCAGAUCGGGCUGGGCUUCCGGCCCCUCUCCAGCCGCGGGGACAAAGAGCGGGGGGGCUACACCACGGACGAGAGCUCCUCCUCCCUGCACAGCACCAGGACUUACGGCGGCAGCUACGGCGGGCGCGGCCGGGGGCGCCGGGGACCCAAUUCUGGCUACGCUACCAACUCGGAUGCCUCCAACACCUCUGAGACGGAGUCGGAGAAGAGGGAGGACUACGAGGGCCCGCCCCCCGGCGAUCGGGACCCUCGCCUGGAAGACGGCCGGCGGCGGACAGGGGCAGGGCGAGGCCGGGGUCCCGCUCCAGCCCCUCGUGGGAGCAGCAGCAAGUACCCCACCUCCUCCAUCAGCUCAGUCUUGAGAGACCCCGACAGCAACCCGUACAGCCUGCUGGAGAACACCGAGAACGACCAGAACGCAGACACCGACGGCAGCGAGUCCCAGGCCCUCGGCAACCGCCGGCGACGCUCCCGCCGACGUCGCACCGACGAAGACACCACCGUCAUGGACGGGGCCCUGGAGUCGGACAACACCUCCGUCAACGAGAACGGCACCGAGGAGGAGUCGAAGCCGCAGAGACGCAACCGAAGCCGACGGCGCCGUAACCGUGGCAACCGCGUGGACAGCUCCAUCAGCCGGGAUCGCCAGCCGGUGACCGUCGCAGACUACAUAUCCCGAGCCGAGUCUCAGAGCCGCCAGGGACCCCCCCGCAGGGAGAGCCAGGAGAAGACCCCCGAGGGCGGCAACCCCCCCAAGCAGAAGGGAGAGGCAGGCAGCAAGAUGGUCAACGGCCCUUCGGAGAACGGGGAGCACAGCGCUGCGGCUGGGGGCGAGGUGGAGGUGGCCGCCCUGGUCAACGGGGUGUCCUAAGGGCCCUGCCGGUGCCUCCUCUUCCUCCUCUCCACCAAACGAUCCCUCCUUCCCACCUGCUUGCAACACCAUCUUCAAGAGAAACGAAAUAAACAACCACGACCAGUCUCGUUCAACGAAACAAAACAAACCAUCAUUUAAACCAGAACAAACCGACAUCCACACACACCCCCUCCCCCGACCCCAGGUAUUUCCUCUCGUGCGCGUUCCAAGCUUGCCAAAGACGCGGGAAAAAAACCUUUCUGUGCCGCGGCUCUUAAAAACGCAUCCUGGUUAAAAGUGUUGGCGAUGGUAGCCGGGUAGGGGAGUCCGAAACCCCCCCCUCCCCAAUCCUGGUUUGUUUCUGCCCUCUUGUGUGUGAAAGGGGACGGAGGGGGGGGAGUGUCUCCGAGGCUACCUGAGCUGGUCCUUGUCCCCCCCCCCUCCCGAGAGGUGCUGAGAAGGGAGUGUGUGCGGUGGGGGGGGCGGGUGUGAAAAUACAAUGGCUUUUCACACAUCUUUUUUUUUGGGGGGGGUGACUUUAAAACUUUUUUUGUUUUGUUUUUGUUUUGAAACAAAUGUGAGAAAGAAAAAAAAAUAAAUAUAAAUAAAACCGGCUAUUCAAAACUUGGGGAAGGAAGAGGGGGGAGCAACCUGUGCCUUCUGAUAACGCAAACACACACACACACACAGACAGGGACACACAAAAGCCGAGUGCUUUGUUUUCUUCUUUUUGUUUCUUUCUUUUGCUUCUUGGAGGAGGGGUCCCGUCCUGGGAGAGCCAGCCCCCCCCCCCCCGCCCCCAGGAAGAGGAGGGGCAGAGGGUCUGAGGGCCCCCAGGGGUCCAAGCUGAGUCGGGGGAGGCAGCCCUUGCCCGGCUAGGGAGGGGGAAAAAAAAGGGGGGGGAGAACGGCCUGCAGCCUGGCCCCUCUUCGGGGGUCCUCCCUGGCGGCCCCCCCCUCCCCCAUUUUCUUUCCCCUUUCUGAAAACACUGUGCAAGAGAAGAGCCGGCGGGGCCGCCUGGCCUGGCGGUCUGAAGUUUGUGUGUUUGUGGGUGGGGGAAAUGGGGGGGGUGGGAUUUGAUCUGUGACGGUUGAGACUAUUUAUUUUUC